AGGUAUACACGUGUGUAUGUUGACACUGGAGUCGGAGCAGACGGCUUAGAUAAAAUGCCGUCACAACGACUCCUGUUUAGGACAUUCCUGUAUAUCGUCUGCUUUUUUGUUCUAGUGCCUUUCAUCGUCUUCGUGUAUGUGGAAUACAUUGACGGGUAUUCCAGUAGUAAAGAUGACUUUCAAAUGCCAGAGGACACCAAAGAUCGCCAUGACCCGGCUGGCGAGAUGAAGGCACUUAAGGAGGUGAUCACAACCCCAAUUAUUCUAUGGUGGACUCCAUUUACUGGGGACCCUGGAACCUAUAAACGAUGUGGCAACCACAGGUGUUUUUUCACGGUUGACCGGCACUACAGGCGACAUAACCAGACUAAGGUAUUCAUGUUCUAUGGCACUGAUCUGGAUCAUGUAGACUUGCCUUUACCCAGAAAUCCACACCAGCAUUGGGCACUUUUGCACGAAGAAUCCCCCAAGAACAACUACAUUUACUCCCACAAGCCUGUUGUGACUUUAUUUAACCACACCUGUACCUUUAAAAGAGAAUCUGACUAUCCCAUCUCGACACAGUACUUACCUAGUUUGAAGUGGCUUUCUAACACCGAGUAUAUGGUCCCAACAGCGGAAAAGAACCGGUUACAGAAAACGGAGUUAUCUCCCCUUAUAUACGUUCAUAGCGACUGUGGCACUCCAAGCGAUCGUGAUACGUACGUUGAGCUGCUGAUGAAACACAUCAAGAUAGACUCGUAUGGCAAAUGUCUCCACAACAGGGAUCUACCUCAACAUUUACAACAUCCAAUACAAGGCAUGGAUCAUUCGGACUUUUUCAAGUUAGUAUCCAAGUACAAGUUCUCGCUGGCCUUUGAGAAUGCCAUGUGUGACGACUACAUGACAGAGAAGUUGUGGCGUCCUCUGAUGCUAGGUUCUGUCCCCAUUGUCAUGGGAUCUCCAAAGGUCAAGGAUUUCCUGCCGUCCAACCACUCAGCUAUAAUCGUAGACGACUUUAAAUCCAUAGAAGAGCUAGUGGAAUAUAUCAAAUUUCUUGAUAAAAAUGACGAUGAAUAUGAAAAAUAUCUAGCCUGGAAAAAGACAGGAAUAGAAAAUAAGUAUCUAAUAGAAUUAAUGAAAAAUCGCGAAUGGGGAGUGGAUGGAUCUCGAGGUACAAAGUACCAUAACUUUAUUGAUGGGUUUGAGUGUUUUGUCUGUCAAAGGAUUCACGAAAAUGAAAUAGCUUUGAAACGUGGUGCAACUCCACGAAAAUAUCUUUCUGCCCAUAAUCAUUAUGGCUGUCCGGGACCGACUGCUUACAACAGUGAAGGUAUUAGGCAUGGACCUGGAGGGGGCAACAGUUGGGACUAUGAGUUCGACAGUAGUCGGUAUACUGCCGCGGCUCUUGGGUACCUUAUAGGCAAAGGCGUUCCAUACACUAAUGAACAACUACAGAAAACGGUGAGCAGGAUGAAAGAUGGAGACCUCAAGUAGUUUUUGCACUUUCUUCCUGUUUGUACGUCAGAUCGGCCAGCUGCAAUCACUAUAGAUAGGCCCUGUUUACUAGAUGAGACAAAGGAAAGAGUAAGUGAGGAAGAAGUGCGUUCGUAUGGGAGCGUGGAGACUCUUAGUAAUGAAGAGGUGCGUUCGUCUUGGAGCGUGAAAACCAGUUGUGUAUUUUAUAUAAGUAUAUAAGCAGUAUUUUGUCUUAGAGUGACAUAGAUAGCUAAAUACACGCUAUCAUAUAUUUUCAUAUUAGCUAGAUUGUGGUUUACGAGAGCGAAAGAGAAAACGCUUUAAUGUGGUUAGUUGUAAGAGAGAACUAACUAUAUGCUUCGUAUUGUCGCCCUUUGCCCGUCGUCUUGCGUCUGUAAGCGAUUUAUAUUUUCGAUUUCUUAUCAAAAACCCCUGAACCAGUUUUCAAUGAAAUAUUACAGAACCUUUCUAUGGCCAUAGAUGCACUUAAAGUGUGAAAUCCAUUAUCGAGCAGAACGCUCGCCCCAGGGGUGGAAGAAGAUUACUUUAUUUAGCGAGAAGUGAUAUUUUGGGUAUAUUAUGAUAUUUUGGUUUAUUUUGUUCAUUUCAAAUUGGAAAUAAUUGUCAAAUAAUAAUAGGUGAGAGUUUUAUACUAUGAAUAAUUUGUGGGGAGAGACUGAGGGGGUCAAAAUUUACUUUAUAAUAGUUUCUUUAUGAAAGUUAUUAUUAGGGAAUAUUUUGAUCAAUUUCAGUUGGAAAUUCAACGCUAGUUUUUUUUAACUACUUGGUAUAUACAGGACGAAUUUUCUAUGAAAGUUUGACCAUAACUAAUCUUCAGGGGCUGAGGCCCUUGUCGCAAAGGAGUCAGAUUUGCCAAAAUUUCUAUUUUUUAUGCUAGAAUCAAAUACUCUCUUGUCUUAAAUCUAUAUUGCAUACAUUGCAUGUGACAGCUUUAUCAUGUAAUAUUAACAAAUUGGAUCAUAAUUAGUAUUUUUGACAGAAAAAUAUCCUUUAAUCAUAAGAAAUUAGGUGACCGCUAAUGCCAAUGGGCCUCUUGUUAGAUAGAUAUAUUGUGGUUUAAGAAUGAGAAGUGAGUCUUUAUAUACUUAUUAUAAAAGAUAUAUUGUGAUAUAAGAGUAAGAGACAGUUACAUGUAUAUGUAUUUUAUGUAGCUGUAUUGUGGUUUACAAAUUCAGAUAUGCAUCUUUACAAGGAAAUCCAUGACGAAGAGUGCUUCCCUGUUUUAUAUUUACGUUAUUUCAUAUGACAUGGCAAUGUAGUAUAUCGGUAUAUAGUUCAUAGGUCAAAUAAUUGACAUUAUCUUAAACACAUUUAAGGCCUUCAUUAUCUUAUUUGUUGUUUAGAGUUCUCCUCGAUUAAUUUUCAUGUACUUAGAAGGUGAUUAUACCAUAUCAUUAACAAAGUUUUCAAAGCUUAAUCGUAUGCACAUGCACUAUAUGCAUAUUUUAUAUUACACAUUUGACACACAGACUGUAUAUCAGUUGAUGCUCCAGUUUUCCAAAUUUAAAAAUCUGCCAAACUACUUUAGACAGUUCCAUAUCAGAGAUAGAUGUUGUGUUCAUUCCUUUAAACGCAGUAAAUGCAGCUGCGGUCAUGUUUUAUAUGCAAUUAAUUAUGACUGUAUAAUCAGUUUUUUUUUAUUUAAAAACCUUACUGAUUUAGUCACGUAUACACGUAUCAAUUCAACAACACAGUACAUGUAUAUAGCAGUAGUGAAUGUAUUUAUAGCAGUACAGGCUUUCCUUCAAUAAUUAUGCGAUCAAAUCCUACUGCUAUUUAUUAUGAUGGUAACAAACAGAAGUGGCAUAUCAUUUAUAAUUUCAGCACACCUUUUGGUUUUAGUUGGUACUAACGAGGAUAAACUGGUUGCAUUCCGUACCUUAGGAGUUCGUACCCAUUUAUUGUUUUAUGAAAUCCAACUCCGUAUUUUAUUUAUUAUUUCAAAUAUAGGAUUUCCGUCCCCUUCGAAAGGUCAUAUUUCGGAAUGUAAAUAUCGUACAAAAUGAUAAACACUGUAUUGUGUAUGUAUUAAUGUUAGAUAGUGCAUUGAAUAAAAAGCCGAUUAAAUGAACCUGUAAUCUGAUAAGGAAUCGGUAAAACGGGGUGAAAUUUUAACUAAGAUCAACAAAGCUACACUUAAAUAAAAUGGACAUUUUCCAAAGAGAUCAUGAUGAUGACUUUUUAACUUUAUCAUAUUCUUCACCAACUAUUAUGUCUCAAAACCAUGUGUUUAGUUAUUCCGCAAGCAAUCAGCAAUAAAUGCAGCCUCUUAUAAAAACAAAAGAAAGUCGACAUAGUGUUGCUGCACUUUGGUUCCAUAGUUAUGCCAAUAGUCUGGUGGAAGAUCAAGUCAACCCGGAUUUCCAAUUAUUUUUGCGAUUUUAUUCUCAGUAUACAUGGCAAUUUUUAUUUUUUAACAGGUUUUAUUCAUUGUUGGGGAUAUGUUAUAUUUAAGUUGAUUACUUCGUGUUUAAUUGUGCUAUUCACUUUUGUGACUUAUGUAUAUACGCUAAAGUAUACCUCACAGCCAUCAACCUGUAUAUUCAUUCUACUUUCUUGACAAAGAAAUCUAUCAUAUCAAGAUAACUCAUUUCCUAAAGACUCCAGCAGUAUACGGUAGUGUGCAAAGUGGAAUUCAUAUUUGUAAUAGAUAUAUCUUGAACAGAUGCUCAUUCGUGUCCUCAUUGACAUUGUUUCAAACCUGUAGUUGCUGGGCAUAGCGAUGAUUAAAAAGUAGAACUGUAAUACUGGUAGAAUGGAAGUAAGAAAUUUUGAUAAAAGUCUAGGUUGAGCUCCUAGCCAAUCCAACAUAAGCAGUUGUUUAUGAGAAUAUUCAAAAUUUUCAAUAAUCCAAUAAAACGAAGUAGGCCUCAUUAUUUAAAGCAGCUAUAAUUGUAAAAAUCACUGUUGGACUAUAUUAUCAGAUGUAACAUUUGAAUAUAUAUUGUUAAACUAGCACUUUCUUUUAAUUCAUACAAUUUAAAGUAUGUGCUACCAUAUUUUCUAAAUACCUAUAUCGGUGCAAAUCGUUAAGAUUACAAUUCAGGAAGUCCUGCAAGAAUCCAUGUUUCCGCUCGUAAGCAGAACGCUGCUCGUGACGGGACUCCAUCCUGUUUUCUCCGUGUAGCAUAUCUACAAACAUCAACCGAGGCAAGCAGUGUUUUAAAAUUCGUUAACGUAUAUCAUAAAAAAACGUUUUACGGUGUAGGCUCGUGUUUCACUAUAUCUUAAACAUUUCACUAUUUAUAAGACAUCGCCGUUUAAUGAGUAUGAAAUCUACAGGUAUAGUCGCUUUAUGCAUGAUUAGCAAGUAUUUGUAAAGAAUAAAAGGACAAUGAUGUUAAGUUAGGAUUUCAUUGAUAAUCCUGUAAAUAUCGGAAAUAUAGCAGUGUUUGCUGCUGGCAAGUUCCAAGUAAUAAUAUGACUGGUUUGCUGGGUAUCUACGGUGCAUAUGUGUUGUCUUGAUAUCGGGAUCAGGAUAUGAAGAGUUUGAAUUUGUACAAUAAUUAGCAGAAUAUGUAUUUAUGUUUUCAAAUUGUGAAUAAAGAUGUAUAUUAUAUCAAAAGGGUCACCAAGCGACUCGAAAACGACAUAAUGAAAUUAGUACUUAAUUUUAAA